AUGCGAAUUCUGCGAAUUACUACCAGGAAACUAAUUAUUAUGGAUGGAAACUAUGUGAAUCUACAAGAAGUGAAGACUGCCGAUGCACCGAAACAUCGCGGUGACACGUAUAUGAAUAUACAUUGUGGUGCUACAUACAUGAAUCUGGGAGAAAUUAAAAACAAUCAACCACCACCACCUCUGGCUAGGACCCCGACAACUCAGCCGAAAUUCCAAAGUCCAAUGUCUCCAAGUGCAACGCCACCACGGACGCCAACGAGGACUCCAACGAGAACUCCAACGAGAACUCCAACAAGGACCCCAACAAGGACGCCAACCAGGACUCCACCAAGAGCUUCGAAAAGACCAACAAAUAGAAUGACGACGCCUACAAAGACCCCUCCCAGAACAUUUGGGACUUCCCCGGUUUCCAGUUCUCCAGCAUUAACUCCAACGACACCUACUAGGAAUCAGACGAUCACAAAACCCACUACAACUACUUAUUCAACAGCUUCAUCUGGUGCUAGAACUGCAAACUCUUGUGCUCCAUCCACAACGACCACUUCUAAUACCGUAACCCCAUCAUCAUUCGAUGGACAGUCAGCAAUGAAUGUGAAUUAUAACGAUGAAGUCACACCGCCUGAAAGUUUUUUCGAAUCUUCCCAAGAUGUUCCUAAAAUUGUGUAUUUUGUGAGGGUCCACCCAAAAAAGUUGUUUCAAUUUCAGCUUUUUUCUUUCAGAUUCGUUUUUGUCACUCGUUUUCAUUCUCUCUACAUUCGUUUUCGUCUUAUGGUCGUUGGGUGCUCUUGCCGGUCUUCAUUAUAUGGAUCUACCCGUUUUCGAGCAAAAAUUUUUGGAUAA